GCACCCUGGCAGGGACCACAUCCUAAACCUAGUGUUGUGGCUGCCUGCAGGCAGCUGGACUGUCUACAGGAGGCAUAGGAGCGGAUAUAUUGUCAUUUGGAACAAAGGAACUGCAAGAACCUGUGAAGCAGGCAUAAAGAGAAUUGGGGCCGACAAAGAAACAGGCUGCUGAUCCCUGAACAACUGACAAUGCCAUGCAUGUCGUUGACCGAUACACAAUAAGAGUAGUGGUGUUGCGAACAGAAGAUAAACAUGUCCCUGGCAACAAAGAUGGAACAAUGAGCACAAUGGAAACCGGAGAGUCUGUUCGCAAGCGAGACCGUGGAGGAGAAGGGAGUGGCAAGGACGAAUGCAACCGUCUACGGCCACGGACAGGAGGAAGGCAACAUUUUGAAACAAAGGACGUGAGUGUCGGAGAGACUGCUGUUCUUUGUGCUGGAGCUGCAGCUGAGGAAGCUGUAGCAGCAAAAAGCAUAGUACGGGGAAUUCCAUUUAUAGAAACUGUUGUACUGAAGACUGCAGCGGAGGAAGCUGCAAUAGGAACUGCAGCAGUGGAAACUGCCAGAGUAAAAAACGGAGCUGUAGAAACUGUACCGAUGGGAACUGCAGCAGUGGAAGCCGCAGCAGUGGAAACCGCGGCGGUGGAAACCACAACGGUGGAAACUGCAGCAGCAGAAACUAAUGCAGCAGUGGAAACUGCAUUAGCAAAAACUGUCGGAGUGAAAACCCGAGCCGUAGCAACUGCAGCGGUGGAAACCGCAGUGCUGGAAACUGCAGUGCUGGAAACUGCAGUGCUGGAAACUGCAGCAGUGGACACCGCAGCCGUGGAAACUAAACUAGCAGCAGAUGAGCAAGCAAAAGCAGGACAAGAGCGACAUGGAGGAAAAGAAGAAAGUGGAUGAUGCAGGGACCAAUGCAGCAUGUGUCGGAACCACUGAGAGAGACAUGUCACAUGCGUAGGAUAGUGACGUUGGCAGGAGUGCAUGUAGGAGGUCCACCCUUAGAAAGGGUUGGUGGGGAAUGCCCACGUGAAAGCAUGCGACGAGUAAGUGUUGUUGCCACAGUUCAAAAGUCCUGCCAAUGGUUACAGAUUUGCUCAAAUCUGGUCAACUGUCCAAAUGAACACACCCACCUGUU